AUGAACAACUACGGACGUAAAUCCAACUGGGUACGAGGGAAAUGCAUCGGAAAGGGAUCGUUUGGGGUGGUGAGUAUCGGUGUUGAUGAAUCUGAUGGUGUUGUGUUCGCUGUCAAAUCCGUGGAGAACAGCUCCAUUGAGUUUAUUGGGUGUUUAGAGAACGAGAUUCGGAUUUUGAAAUCGUUGUCGUCACCAUACGUCGUUACGUAUCUCGGAGAUGAUGUGACGUGUGAGUCUUCUUCGGUGUACCGGAACUUACACAUGGAAUACAUGCCCGGCGGUACUGUUACUGACGUGGUGAAGCAUGGUGGUGUGAAUCUUCGGAGUUAUACGCGGUGCAUCACGUCGGCGUUGAGCUACAUUCACGGAAGAGGCAUCGUUCAUUGUGAUGUCAAGGGGAAGAAUGUGUUGAUCGGAAACAUUCCCGGGUAUCGCUAA